GAGACCAAAGUUGGUGUCUACAAGGUAGGAAUUGAAUAGGAGAUUGUAAUGGGACGGUCACCCUGCUGUGAAAAGGCACAUACCAAUAAAGGUGCCUGGACCAAAGACGAAGACCAGCGUCUCACUGAUUACAUCCGUAUCCAUGGUGAAGGCUGCUGGCGUUCCCUCCCCAAAGCUGCUGGGUUGCUUAGGUGUGGCAAGAGUUGCAGAUUAAGAUGGAUGAACUACUUGAGACCUGAUCUUAAGAGGGGAAAUUUCACUGAACAGGAGGAUGAUCUUAUCGUCCAACUCCACAGUUUACUCGGAAACAAAUGGUCUUUGAUAGCGGCAAGAUUACCGGGGAGAACAGAUAACGAGAUCAAGAACUACUGGAACACCCACAUCAAAAGGAAGCUUUUAAGCAGAGGAAUCGAUCCUCAAACUCAUCGUCCACUCAAUCAAGCUACUACCAAUACAAAUACACCCACUGAAUUGGAUUUCAGAAAUACCAAAUUCACUGCAAACCCAUCUCUGGGUUUCAAAAUCAACGAGUUCCAAAUUAAGGCCAAGGCGGAAUCAGUUGAAGAAGGCAACUCUAGCAGCAGUGGGAUGACUACAGAUGAAGAAGAAGAACAACAACAACAACAACAGCAGGACAAAUAUCCAAGCAACGAGCAAGAGUUAGAUUUGGAGCUAUCAAUUGGGGUUUCUUCAUUUGGAAGGAAGAACAACUCCAAGACUGGGGUUUCAACUGCUAACUCGGCCGAAUCCAAACCACUGUUCGACAACAGGGAUCUCCGUUUUCCCCGACAAGCUUCUAUCUGUUUGUGUUGCCGGUUGAGGUUCCAAACAAGUGAAAAUUGUAGCAACUGUCAAAAUACAAAUGGGUUGAACAGAUGUUGUUAAGUUUUGUG